UACUGACAUGUCCUCAUCGGCAAGCAAAAUCACGGAAUUGUUUGAUUCCACCAUGGUGAAACAGUUUUAUGACAAGCAGGCGACAAUAUUCAACCGACUUCAAUUUGGAAUAAACGACCUGCGAAAUUUCCUUACUUAUUAUUUACGAACCAAGAGGGAUAAGAAGAAAAAGGUGCCUAAAUCACCAAUUCUUGAGAAGUCUAUGGACUUCUUGAGCAUUGCGCAAAUGGACGUCAAACGCCUGAAGCGUCUGGAUGGUGUGCAAGACCGUAUUGCGGAAAAUAUGAAGAAACUUGGAAUCUACGUACAACAAACGAUUCACGAUUUGCAAAAUCCGGGCAACUGCAGCUUGGCUCCGAAGCUGCUCUGUCCUCUGACGAAAACGAGCGGACUGGCGUCGGCUGUCCACUACCUGCUCUACUGCUUGGUGCUGGCGUUGCGAGGGGGAAGGACGCUCGUGGUGGACACCACCAAGUGGCCCUACGCCCCCCGGAACAAGUGGGUCAAGACGUUCCUCCCGAUCUUGGGUCCGUCUUGUACGGAUGCCGACACGAGGGGCACGAGGAAGAACCCAAUCCCACAAGUGAGUAAGGUUAAGGAGGACAUCGUUGACAUUCCAUCGGCCAUCGCCGAACCCCUGGUGGCAAAUCACGGAAGCCCCUUCGCCUGGUGGUACGGACAGCUCAUGAGCUACAUACUCAGGCUCCAAACCACGGCGUUAAAAAAAAUCACGGACUUCAAGACGUCCACUGGAUACAAGCACCCUAUCGUUGGAGUGCACAUCAGGAGGACGGACAAGCACACGGAGGCAGCCUUUCACGACGUCCAAGAGUACAUGGUCCGGGUGGAGGAUUACUACGCCGAGGUCUCUCUGACGAGGCACGUCGAAAAGAAGAGGGUGUUUGUGGCGACGGACGAACCCCGUGUCGUGGACGAGAUCCGGACAAAAUAUCCCCAGUACGAGGUGAUCAACAACGAGGUGUCUUCCCAGCAGGCACAAACCAGGAUCACCAGACGAAACAACUCGGCGCUCUUGGGCGUGAUGCUCGACAUCACCCUGCUGGCCGAGUCGGACUUUCUGGUCUGCACAUUGUCCUCUGGGUUUUGCCGGGUAGCCUACGAGCUGAUGCAAACCCGACAUCCCGAUGCCUCGCUGAGGGUGACUUCUCUGGACGUGGAGUACUACUACGCAUCCAUCUCCUUCCCACCGGUGAAGGCGCUAUACGGCAACCGACCGGCGUCGAAGAAAGAACUUGGCUGGCCAGGGGCCGGCGUGCUGAUUGAGAAACCCUCGAACAUCUGGGCACUCUACGAGGCGAUUUUAAAGAAGUACAACAACGGUUUCAACCUGGGUCGCCUAUUGGGCCCCUCCAAGAGCGGCCAAACCAAACAGUAUCCGAGGUUUAAAACCACGCAGACGUACCGUGUUGUAAACUUCAAGGCCUUUACCUCGCCCUUACCUUAAAAAAAGCUUUUGCAAGAACAAAGAAAGCGUCAUCCGGGUUUGAACCUAUUUAUUUUGCAAAGCUCGCAGCGCCACCCGCAGCGCCGAAAGGAAUGCCGGGAACAGCCUGUAUACAGAACCGGUUGUAGCAGAGCGCAGGGGCGACCUUGGGGGCGACGAUGGACACGCACGCGGGCAACUGCGCUACCCUCCUCCUCCCUGUCUCUACUCAGGGACACGUGCUAGGUUUUUAUUUAUUUAGUAAUACUGCUCACCUCGUGGAGGCGAUAGCAGGAGUGAAACUGUACAUAUCUGAAAAAAAAGAAAAUAGUGCCGUUAUACACAGUUCAAAAUCUCGGCAGUGCCUUGCUGCAACGCGACACAGACAAGCAAAGUGACUCGCUCAUCCAAUCCCAUCGGAAAACACUCGCGAAUAUAGAAUGCAUAAUAUACAAUCAAGAUGCAACUCACACGUACAACAACCAUUUACUUUUCUAACCGAUUUGGGAGAGGAACGAAGACAAGGUUGAACUAUUCAGAAUAGUUCAACAUACACAAAAGUUCAAUAUUAAUGAUUGCGGCACCCGUGGAUCACAUCGGUUAUCCUUGCUUGACACAGACAGAGAUAAGGCGUUACGA